CGCCUAAUGGACAUGGUUAAGCAUGUAUCUGAUUUUUCCUUUUUUUUUUCUUUGUCUUUUCUUCAUGUCAUUUUCUCGUAGACUUUUCCCUCUUUUACGUCAAACAGCACGUCGUCAAUUUACUUCUAAAACAAUUGUUGUUGACCGUGAACUACCCAAGCCCCCUCCACCUUCAAGAAAGCGUUGGCUUUGGACAGGUGCUGCUGUAGGUGCUGCUGUCUGGGUUGUUGGUCUCGGUGGUGCUUUAAACCAUCAACGUUUAUCAAGUAGUGUGGUUCAUGGUACUUUGUUUAUGGUUCGCUAUGAUCCUCGUGUGAUUGCUCUUAUUGGUGAUCGUGUAGAUUAUGCAGAUGCAUGGCCCUGGAUCAGUGGUAAUGUAAAUCACUUGAAAGGCAAGAUUGAUAUUGGCUUUAAAGUCAAGGGUUCUACAGGUGAAACUGCUCGAGUUCAUUUCGCUUCAAAGCGUGCAGGAAACAAAUGGAACACAAUAGAGUUUACAGUUGUACGUGAAUCAGAUCAAAAGCAAAUUGAUAUUGGCAAUCAUACCCUCACAGAAACUGGUGAGCCCAAAAUAGCCUAGUAUAUCUUAGAAUAGAAAAUCUGUUUUUUUUAUUUGCCAUUACAGAGACCAUUCAUUAAAAGUUGA